AUGCGUCAUGUAGCUCGGGCUGACUGUUUGUCUGUAGGUACGGGUGCCCCCUUCUGUUCGUCGUGGGCGUCGACGACGAACGUCGCAGCUGCAUUUUGGGGCAGGGCCUGCUGCGGUCUGAGUGUGAUCUUGACCGACGCUGAUCUUGCAAUGACGGCUGCAAUAGCCUCUUGCUGGCCAGGGACGCUGCAUUUGCACAGCUUGUGGCACGGCUUCAAGAACGUCCUCAAGAACUGCUCGUCAUCAUUUGCUAACAAUGACGACAAGACCGACAUGAUGCGUUGCUUCAGAAACGCAGCUUUUGCAGCUACCCCGGAGGUACGAUGGCAAUCACUCGUACGUUGCCGCCACACGACGCCCCCGAGAGAAUGGAUUGGUCUACCCCACCAGUUCGCCCCGCCACAACGAGCGGUGAACAUAACUUUUGACGUGUCUUGUGUUUACCACUGUAUUCGGUGGCACGUGUUUGGGACCCAAGUGGCCCGGUUGGAGCAACUUGUGGCCGGCAAGAAGUGCAAAGGAUACAUAGCGGACUUGAUCAAGAACAAGACCAAGUGGGCGUUCUGCUGCCGACCCACUGUCCUCACGCUAGGCAUGGUUGCUACUCAGCGCACCGAAGGCGAAGCGCAGUCGUAUGACGCCGAGUUGGUGAGCUCAGGUCGUGUGGAGGAAAACGGGGACCCGCUGCCUCUCUACGAGCACGACCUCGCCAAGAUUCGCUCAUUGUGCCUCAAGCUCAACAUUCUUCAGGUCGCACCACCUGAUACCGAUCUCGAGGGAGACCAGUUAGCCGGCGAAGCUGCGGUGGACAACACUAUGUGGGCGCCUACGUCGCUGUCAGCCUCCUUGGAUUUGAUCGAGGAUAUUCCUAUCGAACUGGUCGUGGCCGUUCGAUACAAGUGGACGCCUAACAGACCUAGCCACCUCGUGGUGUUCGGACCUCACAACUUGCACUUAUGUUCCUGUUUACAGCUAUUGCGGCGCGGACUGCCUUGUAGGCACUACUUUGCGGUGCUUGUCAGCCUCAUCGGGAGAAGUGGCGAAAGUGACGAGAUGGCCUUCACCCAUACCUUCAACGGCGCAUGUUGUUGUUGUUGUUGUUGUUUCUCACAUUAG